GAACCAGACGAUGCGAUAGCCGCACACACGUUCGAGAGACUGAAUCGAGAGAAAAAUAUCCUUUGAUAUUGUUUGGUUUUUGCCUUUAUUGUGGGAUUUUUUCAUUUGAUUUUUUAUUCGUAAAAAAUGUUCUUCCGGUGACAAACGCAGGGAUAUCGCGGCAGCCUACCAACGCAAGGGCGAUAAAGAAAAAAGAAGAAGAAAAAGAAGAAGAAGAAGAACGGGACUCGAGAUCUGAUAUCGUUUGUACUACAAACGACGAGAAAAGUCAGAAGCAGAUAUUCACGUCAUGCAAAGACACAAUACCGGCCUCUUCUCCUUGUUUUUUCUUCCGUCACUGUUUCCAAAGCUUUUUCCAGUUCUGCCGCCGGUGCUGAAAUAGUCUCAACAUCUUUCGGAGUUGAAAGGAAAACCAACCGCGUUAAAUGGGAAGGUAUAAAACUGGCGAGAAUGAGGAAACGAUUUUUGCAUUGUUUGCUUUUACCCACACUCGCGCGCACACCUGUGCAGGUGUACGGAAGAAAACGGAUAGAAGAAAGAGAAAAAGGAAAACUAGAGAAGAAAAGAACUACGAGAAAUGGUGAAGAGGGAAAAUGGAGUUGGCUGUGGUAUCGUCUUAUUUGUGAGUCGAAGAAUAACGCGCUCCACGGUACAACGGGCGUCGGUUUUCGUCUCGUGGAAACCAUCAACUUGGGACGAUGCGAUGCACCGCGACGAUGAAAUAGAAUACCGGAAACGGUCCAUUUGGGAAUACCCACGUGGAGAUGGAAGGGAAAACAGGUGGAACUAAGGUGCAAUUGGUUUUCAAAAAUGGAGAAGACCUCCCUUUUCCAGCAACCGCGCGACUUCGUUCUCGAGCAUUCGAACAGGUUAUGUUCUUGAAGGAGGAAAAGCCUGAAACGAGAAAAAAGAAGUGGAAAAAAGAGAUUGUACGCAAGUUCAGGUCCCGCCAAACUCUGGCGAUCAUUUAUCACAUGGAAGAAACCCUUGGAGCGAGAAAAUUGAGAGCGUAUUUGUAGCAGCUCAGCUCAGCUUUCUGCCGAUGUCUCGAAGAAAUAACCCGUAGAAAGCACUCCGCAACACGACGAAAACCAAGCGAAACCGAACGCCUCCACCCCGCCUAGUGUGACAGGUUUUAUUAAUCUAUGGAAAACUCGUAAGUGGCAAGUUCGGCUGAUGUCUAAAGAAAAACGCGUCGACGGCCUAAUGGAGACCGAAAUGAAAAAUUAAUGCUUUCUUUCGUCUGGGAGAGAAAAAAGAAGAAAGAGAAGAAGAAGAUGAAGGAGAAGAAGAGCAGAGCACCGGAGGUGCACGAUCGUCGUCUGCUGCAGAAUUACACGUCGAAAGAGUAAUUAAAACAACCCGAUCCACAUAACUGUGGAGGUAUAUCGUGGUUGGUAUAUUUAUAGAGACGCGAAGGGGAAAAUUUUUCAUUAUAAGGUGAUAUAAAGAUGAAGCCGUUACUGCAACAAUAUCCGUAAUGAAAUUUCCAACAGGACUGGGGGGUAGGCAAUUUUCCUAUCCUAGGCUUUACCCAUUCUACUAAACUAUUAGACUCGCUCUGUAUUACUUAAUUGUUAAACGCGCCGAGGUAAUUAUCGCCGACAUAACGAGGCAGCCCUCUCUACACCCUUUGAGUGGUUCUAACAAUUAACUAAAUUAAUUAUCACUUUUUACAGUAGGACCAAUUCAAACCAUGCUGUACCACGGAGUUUCUGCAAAGGGAUUGUUAACCCUGGGAUGUAUAAUACGAGUACCGUGAAAAUAAAAACGUAUACCUAUCUCGAAUGAAAUUUUUACAUCGUUGAACUGCAGUUCCCCUGGGAUUUUUAUUGCCGGAUUGGGUACUUUUCGUUUUAUAUUAUACCUGUAUACGUAUAAUACUGUAAUUUAUGACAAUAUUUCACGCACUAAACCCGACCGAACGUUAAUGUCUAAUUGCAAUCAAGUAAUUACAGGUUGACCCAAAGUCCAUUAAUUUCCAAUUACAGUAAUUGGAAGCCAACAGUUGGUUUCAACAGCCCCAUGAAACUCUCUUCCGAGUUUGAUCGCAGAUUGCCCUCUAUACCCAAUGACGGGGAGAAGAAGUCACAACGAAAAAGAGGGACAAAAAUUAACUAUUAUAUUUCUGGACCAUUUUAAAAGUCGUUGAUCUAUUUCUCUAACGGUGAUCGAAACUCAGCGAUGAGAAAUUGAACGCUGAUAAUACUACGUAUAUAUUUAGGGCGACCUCGAAACAAGAAAUAGCUGGUGAUAGGCUCAGCCAAUCGAAAAUCAAUUGGAUACAGCAAACAUCCAAUCGUCCGAAAUAAGUAUGAAAAGGCUAAAAAAUAGCGAGCAAGAGUUUUACCUGCUCGUUUUAUCCAACUGAAUUCUGAUCGUACGACUCGGAAGACAUAUGUCAAGUUCGAAUAGGUAUAUAACUAGGCCAAUGCCUCGAGCGGACUCGUGCAUGGAACCAUUUCGUGCAUCGGAUAUUACAGAGGGGGUUGUAUUUCUUACAGCUUUCGUAUAUACUUUUACGUAUACUUUGUUGGAACACGCGUCCGAUUCCCAUUAUCAUGAAUAUUGCCCUCCUUAUUUUUUAUCUUUUAUCAUUAUUUUUAUUGUUAUACUUAUGCGAUAUUCGCCGGCUACAGAGAUAGAGAGAGCGACUAGAAAUAAUGCUUGAAAUAUCGUAUAAAUUAAUUUUCCGUACCAAUGAUUCGUUGGUUUUUUUCUGAAAAGCUCAUAUUAUAUUAAAUAAUGAAUAAUCUUGGUAUUUUUUUCAUCGAUUCUUUCUCAUCCCUGAAACAGGACCUGCGAGUAAUUUGAAACCUCGCUGAAAAUUCAACUUUAGUUUCCCAUAAAUCGUAAUUUGAAUAAUAAUUGGUAGUUCUCAACAAUUUUUUCAGGGCACGACAUUACCCUAGAGACCCUUGGAUAAGGGAUGAGCCACCUCUCAUACCGACCGCAGAUCGAUUGGACAGAGUAGACCGAUCAUUGCGUUAUGAAGGACCUGACCCACUACUUCCUAAGCCCACCAAAACCGCACGAGGAAGUCUCACCGACGAUUAAUAACCCAAAUUCAACAACUAAUAGUGGAGAAGGUAAUGGGGAGGAACAGGAGAACAGUAAUACUGAAAACACAAUAGUUAACACUGCAGCUAAUAUUACAUCUGGAAAAACUCCAGUCCAAAAGCGCUCUAGAGUGAAGAUAAAGAUAUCUGUUAGUAAUUCAAAGGAUAGACGAUGUGAUAUAAUAAUUAACAAAGAUGACGUUGUUGACAAAACUCCAAGCCCUUUCUCAGCGAUAGGUAGUUCAAACAAUCUUUGUACUACAUCUGGCCACCGUUCGCAUUCUGACAGCGACAACACUCCCCUGUCCAGUUCAAGAAUUGACAAAAGUCUACGGGCAGAAUCCAAUGCUUUUGAAGUUCUAAUGACCAGAGUUAAGCCUCCACGCUAUACCGCCCUGCCAACUCCAUCGCCGCGUGAGGUAGAAAUGGAGUUGAAAAAGUCCAAGUCAUAUAAGAGCAAGCUGAAUGAGACCAAAGCGAAACUUGCAGUUCUAGCAGAUCGCAAAGGAUAUUCAAAGAGAAAGCUUGCCGAGAUAGAAGAGGCAGAGUUGAUCGAAAAAAGACUAGAAAAGCGUGCCAAGUUAUUCAGAUCCAGUGAAAGAAAACAUGAUGAAGAGAACAAUGUAACUGUAACUGGAAAACAAAAACAAAAAAGAGGAAGAAAGAAGAAAAGCAUUUUCUCUCAAGAGCUUGCAAGCAAUAAAGAUAUCCCCAAUAAUUGUAGCACCUCUUCAUCUGUUGUCACAGUUGUAGCUGAUGUGCAUGUCUCAGAAGUUCAUGUAGAGAAAAAUGAAGUCAAACAGAAACCUAUGGAUAAUAACAACCAUGAUAGUUCCCAAAAGAAUCCAAAGCACAGUUGUCUUGAAUCGAAGAACACAUAUUUAUCUGCAUUCUCUUCCUUUCAAAAGAUGACAGCUAAAACCAAAACAAAAUGGAAAAUGCGGGUCCAGCUCAAUUCUCAAUCAGAGGAUGAAAUAGUACCUCACGCAGAUGGAAACACUACUGAUGAAGACUUUAUUUUUACACCAAAGAGCAAGACGAAAUCCAGGAAAAUGAAGUCCAAACAAAAUGCCAGUGAAAAUGGAUCUGAAGAAACUGUGAAAACUGACGAAUCCUCAAACUCCCUAAGUAUUUCUGUAUCCCUGUCUGAAAACAAAAAAUCCAUGAAUAUACGACGCAAAAAACAUAAAAUCAAGAAGAGCAAGAAUCCGCAUAUUUCGCCAAACGAAAAGCCCAAUUUCUACCGCAAACAAGGUAUAAGCACAAAACAGGCACCGAGUUCUGUAAAACAAGAAAGAACUAAUUUCACAAAAAAAUGCAAUGACAGUGUUAUGAUUUUGGAUGAAGAUCUCAUUGAGGAAUAUGAUGACGUCCAAGUAAUAAAGUGCAAGAAGCUUGCUCCACUGUUCGUUCGGCAGUUGAGAGCAAGUCCUGCAGAAAUUGAAGCGAGAAAAAAUUUCUUGCAAUCUGGUUUGCCAGAGCACGUGAAGAAGCAAAGAUUAGAGCAGAAAUCGGGCACUAAUCCCGGGGUUUCCUUGGACAUACCAUUUCCAUCAAUCAGUCACAUUACACAGAUGGAGUCUGGAUCAAAUACAGAAAAAACUGACAAUAAAAAUUAUGAACCUUUGUACAAGCACAAAGCUUAUCAUGAACCAGUCGGCCCAUUACCGGACGCAAGCUGCUAUAAAUUCCUUUCAAACAUAACGGAAAAGUUUUCAUCAGACGCCAUAAAAUUGGAAUCAGAGAAAUUCGUGCAGGUUGAGAAAUCUGAAUUUGAGGAGGUAUUAACAGAAAUCGAAUCACGUUGCUCAGAGACUCGAAGUAUGUGGAAAAGUAUUACGUUCGCGCUGAACUCCACGUCUAAUACAUCGCCGAAAAAAAGAUCCAAAAAAUUGCGAGGCCAGAAAAAAAGUGAUUCUAUUUUUCCAAAACAAGUUCCAGACAUUCCAAACCCAACAUGGACUUGUAAAUACAAACCGAUGAGCUCUGCUGAAAUAGUCGGCAAUGAAGCGGCAAUAGAAAAAUUGAGGAAUUGGCUCAGCGGCUGGAGACUUCCUUUGCCUAAAAAUGACGACAGUAGCGGGGAUGAAUUUUAUUCGUCAGAUUGUAGCAGUUAUGGUGCUUGUGAGAACAAUAAAGUUGCUGUGUUGCUCGGACCACACGGAUGCGGAAAAACUUCAAGCGUAUACGCAAUUGCAAAAGAACUCGGUUAUAAGGUUCUCGAAGUGAAUGCAUCCUCGAAACGUACAGGAAAGAAAAUCAUGUCGGAUUUCCAAGAAGCUACCAAAUCACACAGAGUUGAAAGGGACCAGUCAUCUACUUCAAUGCCGAUAAGAAAAAGGCCAUUGGAAAAUAAAGUUCCGCUAAAUUCUCUGAUCUUGAUAGAAGAUGUGGACCUAAUUUUCGAGGGUGAUGAUGGUUUUGUUACAGCCACUUGUCAAAUUGCUGCCAAUACUCGAAGACCAAUAGUUAUGACCUGCAGAGAGUUAUGCUCACAUCUCAACAAGAUGGCUCCUCAGCAACAGCUCAUACAUUUUCAAUCAGUAACCGGAGACAGAGUUUUGGCAUUACUUGAAUUAAUUUCGUUGGCAGAAUCUGGAUAUAGAUUACCUAAAUCUUUUUUAAACAUUCUUUUACGGAAUGGGGAUUUGAGACAAUCCCUUCUGCAAUUACAAUACAUUCUACUGUCCGGUCCUCCUAGUAUUACACAACUGAGUUCAAACAUCAGCUCAACAUUAUGGACUGAUAUGCAGUCUUUUCUUUACAAGCCAGCUGUCAAGUUUAGCAAAGAGAGAUCAAAAAAAAACUCUGGUGGGGAUAGAUCCACCGCUGAACUAGAUACGAAACUAAUGGAUAGCCUGGCUAUGAAACUGGAUACUAUUUCUUUGGUUUCCUCGUUAACUGACGUUGAAAAUCCUACUCUGCCACCUUGGAGACGAGAGCUGAGUCCUAGUCUCUCCCCCCUCGAAGAUUUGAAACCUUACUCCAACACUGCCGAUCUAAGUACAGAAAUUGCGGACUGGCUACAACGAAUCUCGCUCUCUUAUGAUCAGCCCACUUUACCCAAAAAUUUCGAGCAUAUGACUAUGAAAAGGAACGUCAAACUGGGAAUCGACCUUGCUUUAUCCCAAGCGAUUUCACCCACUCUAGAACACGCACCCACUGCCGUAGAUUAUCUUCCUACUAUCAGAGCUAUGUGCAGGUCAGAGCAAAAGCGUCUGAAACUUAAUAACAAAAGAGGCAAUCGAUUUCAUAACUAUCUACAUGGAUUAAGGUUGGCAUCCGCAUCUGAAAAUGUACUAGCAGCUGCCAGUGCGGUUUUUCAGGAGAAAUCUAACUAAUGUGACUGACUGUGGGACAAGUAUUUCUACUUAUAACUGAUUCGCUACCUCUGAAAUUGGAUAGCGAAGAACAGAAUUUAUAGUUUGUGAUAACGUGCAGACCGACAUAUCGAUUAUAUGUAUAUAACGUUAUAAAAUGUAAUUUUAAAUGUUUACAAUCAUGUUAAAUAAUUUGCUGAACUUACAGUUCUAGCUUUUGUAUCUUGGGUUAAUGAUUUUAUUUAUUCUCAUGAAUGUUUACUUUAUUCUCCGUUGUAAAAAGCUUUACAUGAAGUAAUUUCAAUUGGCAUUACAUCUCAUUAAAUUUUUAUAUGAUGCAA